AUCACCAUUAUGUCUUUAUUUCUUUAUAUCAUUUAGGAAUCCAAACUAUGGCAGCAUGUUUUACAUUUUAACGGGAUUUGAAAGUUGUGGCACGGAUGGCACUACGUUUGAGCUUUGAAUGUGUCCAUGAACGCAGCACAGUUGCCCGCCCACGCUGUUGCUGCUGCCGAGUAGGAUUCAUGAAGAAGGAGCAGCUGAAGCGUCAGUCUGUGGGCUAACUUUGACUUCCCACCACGAGCUGAAGGCUCUUUGUUUCUGUUGUGGUAAAAACACGACCGUUUCGUGUAGUUUUCCUCGUAAAAGGGAAACUCGUCUGAAGUGGGAAUCGCGUUUGCGGUAUUUUGGAUUGUUAGCAAAGAAGCAAAUUAGCGACAAAGCGAAGAAGGAAAGAGGAAGGAACAGAAUAAAAGUGCACUUUUGGGAGUUUUUGUUGUUUCUCCACAAACUUUUCAAGGGAAAUUUGCGCGUGGGACGCCUAAAACAGUGCAGCGAGUCAGGAACAGCCCGCUUCUGUUGUGUCCGGGUCUUCUGUGAAGUCAUGAAGCAGUGAGUCCAGGCGCAGAGAGAUGGCAGAACUGGAGAUCGACCAAUCCAACCUUCCACGUGUCCACGAGGCAGCAGCAGAGAGUCUGGAUCUGCACAUGACAUGGAGGAGUUGGGACAUGCAGUGUGCCAGACGUUUGCUGUGCUGGAGGAUGGAGCUUUGGCACACAACCUUCAGGAGCAGGAGAUCGAGCAGUAUUACAGCACCAAUGUGCAGAAGAACCAGCUUGUGCAGAAUGAUAUCCGUUUGGCCAAGAGGAUGCAGGAUGAAGAAGAGGAGCAGCAGGCGCAGCAGAGCGCCCUCCUCAGGCAGGCAUCCCGACAAAUAGAGGAGCAGGACCUGGAGUACGCUCGAGUGGUUCAAGAAGAGCUCCAGCGAAGUGCGGAGGAGGUGCGCAGGAGGGAGCAGCACGACGCCGAAAUAGCUAAACGACUGCAGGAAGAAGAGGAGCAGUGGAUGAGGAGGAGCAGCAGAGGACACGAUGGUUACGCUGAAGGCAGAGCCGCUGAGCCUGAUCGGCUCCCCUCUCACCUGCAUGCAGUUCCAGAGGAGCAGUGUUCAUCUGACGCCAUCAGGGGGCGCUGCUUUACCUCCCACAGAGGUUCAGAGGUUCAUGAUCAUGGCUCCCCACAGAGAGUUGGUUCACGCAACAACAGAACUUCUUGGUCAAAUCACAGAGAAACAGAACCUGAUGGGCAAAUGAGAAAUGAAGUUAGAGAGACUUUAAGUGAGGAAUCCGAGGACUCCGACACUGCUUUUAACCAGCAGCUCUCUCUUUGGUCCAAACGGCUGUAUGAAGGACUCAGCACAGCACCUCCUCGGCAGAGGACAUCUGUGUAUCAGCCACAUUUUAAAAGCAACAGGACUUUUUCUCAUGGCAACUUCCCAGACUCAUUUGACGUCUUUGAGGAGGAAACUGAGGACUUGGAUGAGGACUAUAGGGUAUCCAGGUAUCAGGAUCGAGAAAGGAGGCCCAGAAAGGAAGAUGACCGUCACAGGAGCAGGAAUGAGGAGGCGGUCAGCGGGUUAGCUGGGGUUGGAGAACGGCGACAUAGCCGCAGUGAAUCAGUGAGGAUACAUGACAGACGUGAUCACAGAAACAAAGUCUUGGCAAGAACCUGGAGCUGCAAGGACAACCCUGAGAAACGGGUCAGUUUUCAGGAUGACGACAGGAGCUCUUACCACAAGCAGCGUGAAAACAGCCAGGUAUGGGAGAUGCUCGGCCACAUUCUCAGAGAGAGGGGCGUGCCUGUAAAGAUCGGCGGCAGCGGGGCACCAUUGCAAAUAAAGCCUCAAAGCAGAGACAGCCAGGUGCUUUAUGGGAGUGAGGUCUCCUACGGUGACUUGCAACCACAUCAGAGGCUCUUCCAGAGAACUGCCACUGCGAGGCACAGUUUCCAUGGAGACAUCAGGGAGAGGAGGAGGUUGUCGUAUCGGGAGAACAGUAGCAGAGAUCACAGGGAGGCCCCGGACAGAUGCUAUGAAAAUGGAGAGGUUCCUAAGAUUUGCAGAGGAGACUCUUUCAUGUCUGACAGUCAGAGGCCAGGCAGCAGAAGGCAGAAGGAGCUAAAACACACAAACGGCGACAAGAAUGGAGGAAGGAUGCCAGACAACUGCGGAGUCAGGAGAGCAACAAGUGAACGUGGGCGGUGGCACAGGAUCACAGAAGAAAGAGUCAGCGCUGAGGAGGAAGAGGGAGCGCAGGAGGUGGAGAGGAGUGGAGUGGAGCGUCCCAAGCGACGACCGUUGCUGCGAAGCCUAAGCCUCCGCAUCAGCAAAGCUACAACCAGGAAUAGAUUGAAGCCCAUGGCAGGAGGAGCUUCACUUCAACCAGAGCCAAGGAAAUCCAGUCUUGACUUGGGGGAACUGCACCAGGUCCUACGUGAUGAAGAACUGGCCCGAAAGCUUCAGAAGGAAGAGGAAAAGCUGUUGAGCAGGAACUCCAGACAAUCUUCAGGAAUCACUUAUCCAGAAGGGGACUUCAGAGUAGCACAAGUGGCACAAGAUGAGGAAAUAGCACGUUAUAUGCAAAAGCGAGAAAUCAAAUCAAAGCGACGAUCUCAUGAGCUGGAAGGACCGGCAUCAUGGCGUGACCACAGACUGAUGAUCAGUCAUCAUGACAGACAGGCUACCAGAGAAAGACAGGUCCAACGAGAGAGGCUCGACUCUGAAGGCCUUCCCUCCCCCACAGAAGACUGCUCUCCUGAGGAUCAGCCACCCAGCCCCAUAGCCACACCACCAAAAGACCCACAGAUCAGAAACGUUGCAGAGGAGCUAGACCCAACGUUUCAGGCCAGGAGACACGAUGUGGGAGGCCCAGUCGGACAAUCAGGUCCAGUCAGCGGGUCACCUCCUGUCUCCAGCUUCCACGAUUUCCUGGAAGAGCCCACUUUCAUUCCCCCAAUGAAGCGACAGGCAGAAAAAUCUGACAUAAAGAAACAAAAACCGAAGAAGGAGACUUGCAAGCAGCAAUAAUAACCUGCACGCCGUCCUUUUUUCUUUUUUUUCUUUUUUUUUUGGGGGGCGCAUAUAAAUAACUUAGUUUUUGUUUUUAGUUCUCAUUGUGAAACACAUCAGCUCAGUCGCACUUUGAAGCAGUGGAACAAUUGAAAAUAUCAAAGUGAAACAUGCCCUCGUGUUUGCACCUCUGCUAAUUAAAGGGAUUUUUUUUCAUUUGCAUUUGCUGCUUUAUAUUUCUCGUAUUUUGUUUAAUCUUUAUUUUAAGUCCAUUUAAAUAUCACCCACUUUUUUGUUUACCCAACUUGUAUCACAGAAGCACUAAGCGACCUCAAAGCAAGUAUUCUUCUGCAGUGUCAUUAGCACUUUGAGAAAUCUUCCGUUGGCUUAAACCAUGCUGUCCAUUAAUUUAACUAAGAAGGAAAGAAAGAGGGAAGUAAAAGCACUUUGGUAAACCUGAAGGACAUGUUUCCAGUUAACUUCCUCUUUAGAAGUAUGUGCCAGCUUUAUUUUUAUUUUUCUAAAUGUUGUUUUUUUUUGGUCAAAAAUUGCAGUGACAAUCUUGACCCCAUUUGACAUGACAAAUGAAGUUGAAACAUGCUGUUAACUGUUUUUGUGUAGUAAAAUGCUGACACUGAGAUGCAAUAGAGAGAUAAAAUGUUAUGCAAUGAUUUCCCUUUAGAAACUGUAUUAUUGAAAGCUCUGCUAUUUACAAAGAUGAAACCCCAACACCUCAGUGUCCCAGUUCUACAGGCAGCAGCAGGUUCUGAGGAGCCAGCUUAAGCAACUUUAGGUAUUUGUCGUACACAACACUAAGAGCGGUGAAGUACAAUUGUCUUUGUGUUUUAUCAGUUUGUUUUUUGUGUUAUUCUCAUUUGUUUUUGUUAAUUGAAUAAGACACUACAUACUGAAACCAGUGUAUAAUGAUAUUCUGUACUGAAGCAAGAAUAAAUACAAAAAAAA